CUGCUGCCCGAGGCCCGGCCCGACGUGGAGGCCCUGGACGCGGGCCUGGAAGACCUGCUGGCGCGCGUGGACGAGUUCGUGGGCAUGCUGGACAUGAUCCGCGGAGACUCCUCCCACGUGGUGAGCGACGGCGUGCCGCGCAUCUACGCCCAGGCGGCGGCCAUGAGGCGCAUCUACAGCAGGAUCGACAGACUCGAGGCCUUCGUGCGGAUGGUCGGGGGCAGCGUGGCCCGCAUGGAGGAGCAGGUGGCCCGGGCCGAAGCCCACCUGGGCACGUUCCCCAGCGCGUUUAAGAAGCUCCUGCACACCAUCAGCGCGCCCUCCUUGUUCAGCAGGGCGUCUUCCCCGAGGCGGCAGCCCAGCGGGUUCGAAGCGCCCGUCGUGUUUCGGACCGAAGACCACUUCCCGUGUUGGAGCGAGAGACCGCAGGUGUGAGUCUGCGCCACAACCGCUCCGCGAGACCCUGUUGAUAGACGCGUCUGGUGUCCGACGGAGUAUCGGAUUUUAAGUUUAUUUUCUGUAAAUGCCAUUUCUCAGUGUCUUCACGAGUUCACAUAGAACGCAGCAUUUUCUACGUCUUCCAAUUCUCACCUGAAAGCUGCUUGCUUGCUGGGGAGAUCAGGGAAGCAAAAUGGAUUUUACAAUUCAACGAACAGUCCUAACUUUUUCAGAUAUAUUUAUAUAAUCUUAAGGAAAACUACUGAACCAUCAAAGCCUUGUUAUUCAAUCCUAAUAGUUAACUCACUUUUCUAUAGCUUACUUUUAGGCAGAUGGUAAAUUAUUUAACAUUAUAUUAAACUCUCCGUGUCUUGGAUUGUAAACUGAAGGAAAUUAUACAAUUUCUGAGAAAAUAUAUUGAUUUAUUGCAACUAAUUCUGAAGUUGUAUUUGAAGGUAUGGCCUCACAGUCUCAGUUUGUACAUAGCAAACAUGUCUAUAUAUGGUUGCCAAUGUUUGGUAUAUAAUAGUAAUAAAAUUUUAUUGGAAAAGCUUUCCUUCUCGAAAGGACUUUACACAUUUCCUUUUUUGUUUGAAAUAGAUUGCGCAUAUGAUUUUAAGAGUGGGAUAAAGAAGAGUGGCUUGGGGCGUACCUUCUGUGGAAGGCUAGUGGGAAGAACGGACAUCAGCUGCUACACAGCAUUGUAUGUUUCUUUCCCCUCAAAAAGUAUAGUUAAAUCACUGUGUGACUAACAUUAGUGUUUUGUUCUUUUUUCACCGUGAUGACACGGAAAGCUUACGUAUCUCAGAUAGAAUAGGCUUUCGUUUUGGUUCUAAGCGGUUUAUAAGGCGUCCCUCCUAGAUGGCAGAGUCCAGAUAAGCACACAGUUUAGCUGUCUUUGUGUGUCAUUAUCAAAGUCUUUGAGGUUGAGAGAGUAUGUUCUCAUUUUAGCUGUUCAAGGAAAGUCUGAUGAUCUAUGCCUUAGCUUUCAUAGACCUUCUGAAUCACACAUUUACGUAGUUGAAUAGGAAAAUAGUUUUUGCCCUAUAUAGCAUCUAUAUUGUUAAAAUGGCUUUUUAAUUUGUGGUUAAUAUUAAGAGUAAGUAGGAUGAAUUAUGAAAACUAGAAUAAUUUUAAAGCUGAGAUUUAAUAUCUGCAUAACAGAAACCUUAAAUUCCAUAAUGUAUACAUUAUAAUAAAGUAUAACUAUUAGGAUUGUAUAAUGCUUAGGUAUUCACUUUCAUUACCUAUGAAAAAGGAAAUGGAUUGAGAAGAUUAAAAGUGUAAUAACUAGUAAGAGUUAAAUUCACCUUAACAGCUUUUAAAGCUAAACAAAUAAAAAGUUCUGGCAAUACUACAAAAGAAAAGAGCCCUGGUUUAGAUGAUAGAUUAUAUGAUUACAUGUGCAGCUUAUCUCUAAAGGACCUUGGAUUCUGAAACUCUUACUCAAUUUCUGAAUAGAAGUUUGUGUAGGGCCUUCUUGUUUGGAAUGGGGCCUUGAAGCUGAUC